UCACUUUUUGUCAUUUUCAAAUUUCCCACCAUUCCAUCCCUGUACGUCCCGACGCUCGCAGGGGACGGAACCCAGAUGACAGAUGCCGGAGGACAUUACAGGGGACACUGCAGGAGGGACAUCGCGGGAGCGCAAGACAAGGUAAGUGAUCGAGGGAUCCCAGAGCAUGGUAAGCCUGAGUGUAUCUCGGGGUUACCACUUGUGGUACUGAAACUUUACCCCGAGCUACACUCUGGAAUACCGCCAGGGAGGCUACUGCAUGUUUAAUG